UCCUCAACCUUUCCCCGCCUCCACCUCUCUCUCUCUCUCUCUCUGGGCCUGUGAAUCAUGGCCAUGAUCAGCGCUCUCCGGCGAGCAUCCUGCCAAUCGGCGACGUCUCGGAAGCAGGCAGCACCGCUGCUGCUCGGCCUUGCCUUCUCCCGCCACAUCUCCACUGGUUUCCGCGAGGAACGCGACACUUUUGGCCCCAUUCUCGUCCCCUCGGACAAGUUGUGGGGUGCUCAGACGCAGAGAUCAUUGCAGAAUUUUGAGAUUGGCGGCGAGCGCGAGCGCAUGCCUGAGCAGAUCAUCCGCGCUUUUGGUAUCCUUAAGAAGUGUGCGGCUAAGGUGAACAUGGAUUAUGGUCUUGACCCAACUAUUGGGAAUGCAAUAAUGCAAGCUUCACAAGAGGUGGCUGAGGGAAAAUUGGAUGAUCAUUUUCCUCUUGUGAUUUGGCAAACUGGAAGUGGAACCCAAAGCAACAUGAAUGCCAAUGAGGUGAUAGCCAAUAGAGCAGCCGAGAUUCUUGGUCAUAAACGUGGUGGAAAGUUUGUGCAUCCAAAUGACCAUGUCAACAAGGCACAAUCUUCAAAUGAUACAUUCCCUACU